AUGGGGAUUGCUUUAUGGAGUAUUUGGGCUGCAUACUCCACCACUGAGACUCGUGAGACAGCGGCACCUACUAUGAUGUUUCCAGAGGUGGCAGCUGAUGUUGCAGAAUCUCCCAAGGUGGCGGCAACUGCUGCAGAACCUCCAGAGGUGUCAUUUGUUCCCGUCUGUGAACUCACUGCCUGUCCUGUCAUGGCCACGGAGGCCGUCUAUGAACUUCCUGCCCCAGUCACUGCCAUGGGUCCCAGCCCCAUUUGCUCCACCCUGUGUGAAGAUAAUUUUGUCUUUUGUGGACAGAAGGAAGUGCUGAAAGAACGUCUAGAAAAUUUUACUCCGAGUAAUCCAGAUGUGACAAACAUCAAGAUCCUGGUGGCUGGACAAACUGGAGCAGGGAAGUCCAGCUUUAUUAACUCUGUCCUUAGUGCCUUUCAAGGAAAAAUAGUCAACGAAGCACUAGCUGACAGUCAAAAUUUCACAAAAAUACUGAGAACAUACCGCAUUAGAAGUGGAGAUGCAGAUUUGCCUUUUGAAUUAUGUGACAUAAAAGGUUUAGAACCUGAAAGAAUAUCGGAGUGUCAAAUAGAUGACAUUGUCAACACCAUAUAUGGACAUGUGAAGGAGGGAUAUAAAUUUGAGGAGAAAUCACUCACUAGUGAUGAUGAACAUUACAAUCAAAACCCUUCACUGUCUGAUCAAGCCUUCUGCCUAGUUUACGUCAUAGAUGCAAAUACAUUCCAACCCUAUGCAGAAGAUAAGAGAAUUACAGAGAAAUUGAGGAUCAUUUGCCAAGAAAUCAGUGAUAAAGAGAUUCCUCAAGUGAUUGUCUUGUCUAAAGUGCAUGAAGCAAGUCCUCUUGUCAAAAAUGAUCUACAGAUGGUCUACAGAAGCAAGAUCAUCAAAGAGAAGAUGGAGAUGUGCAGUGCCACAGUAGGUGUUCCAGUGAGCUACAUCUUCCCAGUGAAGAACUAUCAUGAUGAGAUUAACACAAACAAUGAUGCUGAUGUCUUGAUUCUCAAGGCAUUUGAUCAGAUUGUGCGUUCUGCUGAUGCAAGACAGAGGCAUGGUGCUUACAACGAAUGUAAACAACAAUAA